CAUUCACUAGGCAAGCGGUGAAACAAUCAAACGUGUCUUGACGAAUGCGAACGCCUGUUCACGCCGCGCCUGCAACCCCAGCUCCUCCUGGCCUACCCCAUGUUCCUCCUUGACUUCACUGGGCGGCUCGAAGAAAUGCAACCAAGCAAUGCUCACGACUGGCACUCCGCUCCGUAAUUGGGCUCUCUUCCUGCUGCUAUGCAGCGCACCCGCGUCCACCCUCGCUGAGGCAGCGAAUGAGGCGCCUACCGUUGAAUCGAGCGCUACUGCACACUCAGGUGCCACGACGCAGCAUACCUCUACCCCCGCGCCUUCGCCCACAUCCUCGUCGUCGCCUUCACCGUCGUCCGUUCGGAGAUACACCAAGAGUCAAAGCACGUGUCCGUACCGCACCAUAAACUACAUCACGCAUACACUCCCGCAGCAAUGCGCAAAGACGAGCUGGUCAGCGCCCCCCGAGGCAGGCGCGACUAAUGGCACGGGCGCCGAGGAAGGAGCUCUAGCUGGUCUACAGACUCCAAUACCUGGUUUAGAUGGAGGACUAGAGGGCAUUGCGGGAGGAGACAAAAGCACAACCCCAGCAGUAGCGCCCCAGGCUGAUCCGACUGGCGCAAGCUCAACUGCAUCUAGCAGCGACACAGCAGGCACAGAGCCGGAGCUUGACUUGGAGGCGGACUCGCCAUUCGACAACGCCAAUUUCCUCUCCUUUGACGAGUGGAAGAAGAGGAACCUGGCCAAGGUCGGUCAGUCACCGGAAAAUGUUGGACAAGGACGGGCAGCAGGCACAGACCAAGCCGCACGGCGACGACCCGUCAACGUCAACGCCCUGGACUCACUCGGCGACGAGGGUGAGAUCUCUAUCGACUUUAGUGGCUUUGGCUCCCCGGACGAUGAGAACGUAGCGAACAACUUCCAGCAUGGCAAACAAAGCGCGGAUGCUUCAAAAGCUGCUGGCGGAGAGGGCAAGGUUGCACCAAGCUCAUGGGCUCUCAGCAAAGACGCAGGCAAGACGUGCAAGGAGCGCUUCAACUACGCCUCAUUCGACUGUGCUGCUACCGUGUUGAAGACGAACAAGCAGGCGAAGAGCUCGUCUUCCAUCUUGGUAGAAAACAAGGACAGCUACAUGCUGAACAUAUGUUCCGCAGACAACAAGUUCCUCAUAGUAGAGCUCUGUGACGACAUUCUCGUGGACACCAUCGUUCUCGCUAACUACGAGUUCUUCUCCUCCAUGUUCCGUCAUUUCAGGGUGAGCGUGUCAGAUCGCUAUCCCGUGAAGAUGGAAAAGUGGCGCACGCUGGGCACGUUCGAGGCACGGAAUUCGAGAGACAUUCAGCCUUUUCUCAUUACUGAGCCGCAGAUCUGGGCAAGAUAUCUGCGUGUGGAGUUUUUGACUCAGUUUGGCAACGAGUACUAUUGUCCGCUUAGCGUUUUGCGUGUCCAUGGUACGACGAUGAUGGAGCAGUUCAGGCAAGAGGAGGAGGAAGCGAGGGGUAUCGAAGAUGAUGAGAAUCUGGAGGCUGAGGGUGUUGAGGUUAAGAAGGCGGCUGAGGAUAGUGGGCCCCUGCCGCCAGAGGAGAUACCGAUCGAAGCGGUAAAGGAUCUCAGCACAAGUUCAGAUGCCUCAGCGGCUAACGAAGUUGCUCAACGAGAUGUCUCGCCGGAGGUCAAGACUGAGUCGCCUCGUAACGAUGUGCCAUAUGGAAGGCCUCCGUCGCCUACAGACAUGGCAGAGCCAGUGGUGGAUAAGCCCCAGCAUCAGCCUGUAUCAAACUUGACGUCUAUCUCAUCUUCGUCGGUGAUAGGCGAUCAACAAAUCACGAACGAGAACAGUACAGCCAGCGGGGAGACAAAAUCGUCCGCCGCCCCUUCGCCAAGCCCGACAGAUGCCACUCCGCAAGUUCAGAGUCCUACAUCUGACGCCUCUGCGAUCAACUCUUCGAGUUCCAUGUCUCGAGUCGACAGUGCUACAACACAGACUACCAACGCUACAGGCUCCUCUUCGAGCGUUCCAUCAGCCAAAGCAUCAAACAACAGCACCGUCGCAAGUCCACCAUCGCAAGGACGAGGGUCGUCUACACAGCCAAACGCGCCUGCACCCUCAACGCAAGAAUCAUUCUUCAAGUCGAUACACAAGCGCCUCCAGUACCUCGAAGCUAACAGCACGCUUUCACUACAAUAUAUCGAAGAACAGUCCCGCGCUCUCCGAGAUGCGUUUGUGAAAGUGGAAAAGAGGCAACUGGCAAAGACAGAGAAGUUCUUGGACC